AUGACCGCGCCGGUUCCAGAGAAAAUGUGCCAAUGGGACCAGGAACGACUUCGGGAACAAAAUCAUCCACGCGGGAGAGAGAUUACAAUAUGUCAAGUGAGCUGCGCACUGAGAGAACGCAAACUACAACCCGAGAGAAGACGCAUGUCAGAACAAAGAGGCCGGUUAGAGAAACGCUCGCUGAUUUCACGGCUUACCACAGCUCCAUGGAUUCCUAAAGUAUCCCUUAUACCCCAUUCUGCAGCACCCCUCUCCUGCCGAGUGUCUGUCCCACCAAUAGCAUCCUCAGCUCCUCAGAGACUGCGACCAAGACCCCUGAAAGGAUUAAAUAUGGACGAUCAAGAGGCUGCUAUUCUACAAGACCUCCUUUUCGUUUUCAUGGGUUACGAAGGAGAAUACAUUCAGUUUGCAAACUCGUAUAAUCCGGAUUUAGAAUCAGAUCGACUAGUUGGUCCGUCAUACCAAGUAAUACCUGGACUAGACCCAAGUCUUAGGGAUCUAACGAAGGGAAUGCUGAAAAUGGCGACUCAUUACAGUGCGCUGGAGGCAUUCGUGGAAGUUCAGAGUAGAGCUGAAUUUGGUGCUGUGAAUCAUGCAUUAUGUGCGACGAUCCGCAAGUUAUUGAAAGACUAUCUUAUCCUUGUCUCCCAAUUGGAAAGUCAGCUCCUCAAUAAUGAUAAUUUUACUUUGCACGUUCUACACCUUCAUACUAUGCCCACAGCUCAAAGCCUAGCUCAGCUAUAUUCCUUUGGGCAAGAAUUGCUGAGGAAAAAUUCUCUUUUGGCACAGGAUCCGGAUGAGUCCAUUGACGAUUUUGACGACGUCGAGAACAUCUUGGAACAGUUGAGAGAAGGCGGCGAUUUAGUUCCCGGAGGGAUGUCUAAGAAGUACUGCAAAGGUGGCAAUGUCUUGGGACUUCUUACGCAGCGUCUAGCAACAUUUUCUGGAGAUCCAGCUACUAAGGUAUUGCUGCAAACUCUGUUACGAGAAUCUAGUAAGCCAUACAUGAAAAUGCUUAAUGAAUGGCUACAUCACGGGGAGAUUAAGGACCCCCACUCGGAAUUUCUCGUCAAGGAACAGAAAGGCAUAAAGCGAGACAAGCUGGAAGAAGACUACACGGAUGAGUAUUGGGAUAAGAGAUAUACCAUUCGUGAAACAGAAGUUCCUCCACAAUUAGAGACAGUCAAAGACAAGGUGCUGUUGGCAGGAAAAUACCUCAACGUUGUCAGAGAAUGCGGCGGCAUUGAUAUCAGCAAGGAAAUGGAAGAUGUGCCUCAGAGUUUUGAUGAUCCACGAUUUCUCGAUAAUGUAAACGAAGCAUAUACUCACGCGAAUGCAUCGUUGUUAAACCUCCUCCUUACCAAAAACUCGCUCACCACGCGAUUUCGAUCGCUUAAACAUUAUUUCUUUCUCGAUAGAUCCGAUUUCUUCUCCUAUUUUUUGGAACUGGGCGCUUCUGAACUGCGGAAACCAGCCAAGUCAGUCAACGAGGGAAAACUACAGUCUCUUCUUGAUAUUGUAUUACGACAACCCGGCAGUAUUGCAGCACAGGACCCAUUCAAAGAGGAUAUCAAGGUUCGUAUGAACCAAAUUGGCCUAACCAAGUGGCUCAUGCGUGUCGUGAGUGUAUCUGGUUUGGACCAAGACAAUCCCGAAGCAAAUCCUGAAAAGUACCAGUCAUCAACUAUGCAGGGAACUGAUGAUGAUAAAGAUAUCAUUGGAUUCGAUGCACUUGAGCUGGACUAUCUUGUUCCGUUUCCUCUCUCACUCGUUAUUAGUCGGAAGACUGUGCUUCGAUAUCAACUUGUUUUUCGACAUCUACUCUCUCUUCGCCAUCUUGAAGGCUUGCUUGUAAACUGCUGGCAAGAUCAUAUUAAAGCCACCAGCUGGAUGCAUAAAUCCAGCGAUAAAAAAGUAGAGCUCUGGAAGAGAAGGGCCUGGACAUUACGAGCAAGAAUGCUGGUUUUUGUGCAACAACUAUUAUAUUUUUGCACGAUUGAGGUCAUCGAACCUAACUGGCAAAUUCUCAUGGAUCGGGUUAAUGGGGAUGAUGCUGAGAGCACCGAAGUUAUGAUCAAUGGAACUAAGCAAGUCAACCGAACUGUGGAUGAACUGAUGCAAGACCAUGUCGAUUUCUUAGAUACUUGUUUGAAGGAGUGCAUGCUAACACAAGGAAAACUGCUAAAGGUCCAUUCAAAGUUGAUGACGUGCUGUACCAUGUUUGCAUCUUGGACUGCUUCUUCGCUUCAAAGAAGCCUUGCUGCCGCAGAUCCGGACCUUUCAGCUUCUAAUACAAAACAGCCUCCAGGGCUUGAUUCUUCAAGGUCGUAUGACCCUUCUCGUUUAGCAAAACUAGAAGAUACAUUGAAGCGCUAUGAAGAUCACUUUGGCAGGCACCUCAGAAUCUUAAUGGACAGCUUGAACUAUUUUGCCGCUACAGAGAGUGUUGUCCUGUUGAAGCUUGCGCAUUCAUUGGGAACUAUUAUGAUGGAAGAGUAA